AUGUUUGGGGUAGAUUUUUCUGAAACUUUUGCCCCAGUUGCUAGGUUGGAUACCAUAAGGAUGUUGUUGGCUCUUGCUGCACAAAAAGGCUGGGUUAUACACCAGAUAGAUGUCAAGUCAGCUUUUUUGAAUGGAUACUUGGAGGAAGAAAUUUUUGUGGAUCAACCUGAAGGGUUUGCCUUUCAAGGACAAGAGGAGAAUGUUGAUGAUGAAAUACUUGUAGUAUCUCUGUAUGUUAAUGAUCUACUUGUUACAGGAAGUAGUAAGGAGUUGAUUGACAAGUUUAAAGAAGAAAUGAAAGAUGUCUUUGAAAUGACAGACCUUAGGAGGAUGACAUUCUUCCUUGGCAUGCAGGUACAUCAAAAGCAAAAUGAAAUUUUUCUAUGUCUGCAUAAAUAUGCAACGGAAAUCCUCAAGAAAUUCAGCAUGGAAGAGUGCAAGCCAACUGCAACUCCAAUGAAUCAAAAGGAGAAGUUUUGCAAAGAAGAUGGAGCUGAAAAGGUGGAUGAAAGGCCGUACAGGAGCCUAAUAGGCUGCCUAAUGUAUUUAACUACAACCAGGUCAGAUAUCAUACACGCAGUGAGUUCGCUAUCAAGGUAUAUGCACUGUGAUAGUGAAAUUCAUUUUCAAGCAGGAAAAACAAUUCUUAGAUAUCUUAAGGGCACAAUUGAUUAUGGAAUAAGGUUUAGUCAAGUUAAAAACUUCAGUCUCCAUGGUUAUUCUGAUAGUGAUUGGGCUGGAUGUGUUGAUGACAUGAGAAGCACCUCAGGUUACUGUUUUAACUUUGGUUCUGGAAUUUUUUCAUGGUGUUUUAAGAAGCAAACAGUCAUAGCUCAAUCCACAGCAGAAGUAGAAUAUGUAGCUGCUGCUGCUGCUGUUAAUCAAGCUUCUUAG